UCAAAAUCUUCGGCUUUUCAAAAUGUUUGCCUUUUCAAUAUCUACGGCUUUUCAAAAUCUUCGGCUUUUCAAAAUCUACGGCUUUUCAAAAUCUUCGGCUCUUUAAAAAUCUACGGCUUUUUAUAAUCUUCGGCUUUUAAAAUUUCACCGACGAUUAUUAUCAUAAAAUGCAGACGCGGAACGUGCGCGGGACAGAGAAAUACAUUCGAAGCUCUCUAGAUUUGCAUAUUUUGGCUCAUUAUAUCAAGAAACUUUGAGAUAUGUAGGUGUUUUUUUACAACUGGAAAACUUACACACGCAAGCACGUGCAGACUAUAUAUUACAAUGUACUGCCAACACUGUGGGGAAAAUCUUGCCAAAAGUGCACACUUUUGCACAAAUUGUGGCAAGUCUGUCACAUCAUCAGCCCCCACAUCAUCAGAAUGUGAAAGCUUAAUGCCAACCGAAUUAUCGUCAGAUGGCAGCAAAAGUCUGGAAGCUUUGAGAAAACGAUUUCUCACUAACAAAUCUGAAGCUUCACCACCUAAAAAAAGCUGCGUGAAGCCAGAUUUGAAGAUGAAAGAGAUAAAAGAGGAUAUACAAGUGCAGUUACAAAUCCAAAUUUUGGAUAAGUAUGAAACAGCUGUGAAAAGAGUUUUCCCUACAUCAGAAGACAUAUUAUCUGGGAAGAUAUCUAUUACAGUGCCAAUCAAGUCUACUGGUGUCUACUGGAUGAAGAAAGUUAAUGAAUAUUUUCAGGGCAAUUAUAAGCUACAGAUUAUGACAAUUUGUUCUUCUGGAUACAGUGUUGUUGACAAUCCAGAAGAUUUCAAAAUUGCAAACCUGAAGUUUGAAAUGAAAAAGUUUAACAAGAAGGCCGGUGAUUUGCAAGCAUACAUAAAAUUUGUAGACAAAGACCGCUCACAACUUAAGAAGUUAGUUACAUGUAAUCAAUCACAGAGAGAACAGGAAAGACCCUGUGUUAAAAAAGACAAGGACGAUGUUGCCAGGGUAACAGAAUCAAGGACAACUUCAACUAUUGCUCUCAAGGAGAAAUCUAUUGAGAUGAAAAUAAGAAAAGAAGGCAGAGCCACCAAAGCAGGUGCAAUCCAGGCUGAAUAUGAAAGUUUAUCAUCAGAUGAAGAUACUGCACUCCAACUUACUAGUCAGGAAGGAGGAAAUGAAGAUAAAGUAUUAAUUUUGGUUGAAAGAUUGUCAAUGUAUGAGUCAGGAGUUCAGAGUGCUAAGUCAGCAGGUGAUACCUCUAAGCAGAAAACAUAUGGUACAGCCCUGAAGACAAUACAAGAUUUAUUACUGCAGGCGCAGAAAGGAAAGGUAGUGGAUGAAAGUGGUAUACCACCUAGAAUACCAGAAAUAGAGACGGAGCAGAUGACAGAGAUAAAAAGAGACCAGUACAAAACAACAGCUCUAAAGCCAAAGCAGUCUGCAGAUACUCACACAGCUAGAAGAAGUAAACAGCCUAGUGCAUCAGCAUCACCUUCUCCACAACAAAUCCUAAGAUCUAACAAUGAACCAACAUCACCUUCACAUGAAAUAGAGACGGAGCAGAUGACAGAGAUAAAAAGAGACCAGUACAAAACAACAGCUCUAAAGCCAAAGCAGUCUGCAGAUACUCACACAGCUAGAAGAAGUAAACAGCCUAGUGCAUCAGCAUCACCUUCUCCACAACAAAUCCUAAGAUCUAACAAUGAACCAACAUCACCUUCACAUGAAAUAGAGACGGAGCAGAUGACAGAGAUAAAAAGAGACCAGUACAAAACAACAGCUCUAAAGCCAAAGCAGUCUGCAGAUACUCACACAGCUAAAAAAAGUGUACAGAUAGCCAAGAAUGAUUCCCAGUUCAUCAAUAUAAGUGACAGUGAUGCUGAUACCAGUGAAAAUGAGUUGGCAACAAUGAAUAUUGUAAAACGAGCCAGAACAGGAACACCAGGUUGUGAAAAGCUGACUUUGAAAGAAAAAAAAAAAUUACGACAAGAAAUGGCAAAGGAUUUCAUCCCACCAAAACCAGGGGCAAGAUCUUCCAAGGAGUUUAUGAUUCUAAAUGACAAUGCCAUAUACUCCCGUCAUUUCGAUUUAACAACCCCAAUUAAGGGUCUUUAUAACUGGCUAGUUGCCACCAUACCCUAUGAGACAGUGCCUGCAAGGUUCGUUUUACAAUGUGUAGGUGUAGACGUAUGUGAACUAACAGAUUGCCGGCAUCGGUUUCCCAUAACUGAUGAGAGGGACAGAGACAUUUUGUUGAUCUCUGUCCCAUCAUCUUUGGUUAUCUCACCAAUUGCUGAUGAAGUCAAUACAACCUUCACCUGUUAUGACGAAGUAUACUUCAGUUACAGUGAUCUGUAACAACACUUUUUCAUUUGUUCAAUAAGAAAAAAAAUCUGAUUUUAAAUAAAUAUUUUGCAUCCAGUAUAAGAGGUGCGCAAGAUGCAAGUUUGUUCAAAUAAUAAUGUGUACAGGGUUUUAAUACAACCCGUAUUUUUUGGUCAUAUAUUGGUAUAAUGUUGGAGUCGUCUUCAACUUCAUUGUUGUCCGAAGGCAUUUGGUUUUCGCACUAUAACUUUAGUAAAAGUAAAUAGAAUCUAUAAAUUUAAACACAAGGUGUAUGCCCAUAAAAGGAAGGUUGGGAUUGAUUCUGGGAAUUUUGGUCCCAACAGUUAAGAAAUAAGGGACCAAAAAGGGUCCAAAUAAGCAUUUUCUUGGUUUUCGCACCAUAACUUUAGUGUAAGUAAACAGAAAUCUAUGAAAUUUUAACAUAAGGUUUAUGACCAUAAAAGGAAGGUUGAGAUUGAUGUUAGGAAUUUUGGUCCCAACAGUUAAGAAAUUAGGGACCAAAAAGGGCCCAAAUGAGCAUUUUCUUGGUUUUCGCACAAUAAUUUUAGUAUAAGUAAACAGAAAUCUAUGAAAUUUCAAAACAAGGUUUAUGACCAUACAAGGAAGGUUGGGGUUGAUUUUGGGAGUUUUGGUCCCAACAGUUUAAGAAUUAGGGGCCAAAAGGGGCCAACUUUAUACUUUGUUUUAUUUUAUCAGGAAAUGAAUUAAUGGCCAAAUCUAACCAUGUAUUUUGAAUCUUAAUUCUUGGUCCUGUUUUCAAAUUGAUCUACAGAAAAGUCCAAAAUUAAACUGACUUUGAUUUUAUUAAUAAAUUGAAUUCUUCAGGGUUUUUUUAUAUGCUGAAUCUAAAUAUGUACUUAGAUUUUUGAUUAUGGGCCCAGUUUUGCAAGUUGGUCCAAAUGGGGGUCCAA